GUGUCAGAGAUGCCAGGCGUCCCUCAUCAACACCUCGCAGUCCUGUAUGUGUGGUUCCAACAUCCUAGCUGGAGGUAUGUGUUUCCCUCCUAACAACCUCCCUACAGCUGUGAACCCAAACGUCAACUAUGCCGAGCUGUCCCUUCCUGUGCAAUCAGCAUGGUUCUCCACAAACCUCUACUCUUCAGCAGCUGCCUGCUUGGUGUAUACUAACCUGACAGCAUGCCAGGCAUUGGGGAACAUGUGUGUGAUGAACAUGCACUCCUUCAGCAGCGUGGCCAACGAUGCCUGURGUCUCUACAACACCAUCUUCAGAGCUACCGCAGCCCUGGGAUCUACACAGGAUAUAUCCUACUGGAGAGCCAAUCUCCCAUGGCUUUACUACGGGGACCAGCCGGGUCUGGCCAACCGCGUGCUGCAGACAGAGCCACUUCCMACUGGAUUCAGCUUCAAGGGACGCAACAGGAAUACAGACAUCAACCUAGUGGCUGCUGUCUACAAUGCCAGAGGAGACUUCCUCCAAUGGGAGAAAGUGGGAGGAAACAACCUGCAGCUCUGUCCAGACACCGCCAGGAGACAGGAGGCAGCUUACACCUUUGGCACGGCCUACCAGGAGACUGUGAGUUUCUACCUCUAUCCAGUGCUUGACUUGGACUGAAAUAGGUUCCGGUACUCAU